CAACAAGAACCAUGAGCGCGGCUCUGCACCGGCUUCCAACUGAGCUUGUUGAGUUGACUUGCAUACUCGGCGCUUUGAGCAAAGCAGACAUCAGCUCCUUACGUCUCGUUUGCCGACAACUGGCUAAGCAGGUGACACCUGCCUUCUUUCAAGUCUAUCUCGAUACCAUCACAACGGAUCUGAGCCCAAAAAGUCUAUCUCGACUAGAAGAGAUUUCGCAGCAUGCCCAAGCGAGACAAGCCGUUCGGACAUUGGUCAUUGAUGGCAUGCUCAGCCUUCCAACUGAACUGGGAAGCAUUGAGUUAGGCCAAAAUAUUCCGGGACCGUGGCAUCGCUCUUCGCAAGGCUUUCUGGAGCCACCGUUUCCGGCAGAGAUCGAGAGGCUUUUGCAUCAUACACUCAUCGGCGGUCUACCUAACUGCCGAUCUUUUGUUCUUAGCGAUAACGACGGCGAAAAGGAGGGCGUGAACAUUGACUGGGUUCCUCUAUCCGAUAUCCUUGCUCUUCUUCUACACUGCAUCUCCGAAUACCGCCUUCCUAUCAAAUCCUUCGCUAUCGACUUCACGAUCUUAGAGACAGAGAUGAUAGACAUAACAAGGUUUUCUACAGAUGUCUACCGCAGCUCAAGAUUUGAAGAAGUCUGGGCCAAUCAUCUCCAGGACCUAUAUCUCAACUUCAACGACCUUAGGGAUCUUGAUAGAGUACAAGACUUUGUAACAACAAUAGUUGCAAGAGCAAGAAACCUUCGGAAACUCUCUUUGAACUUUUCCGCUGGCUUUAACGCAGACCUCGUCAAUGACCUCCUCUCUUUCAGCCCGGCAUGGAGGCCUCCGCUAUACUACUUAAGCAUUCGACAUGUUAUAUUCAAAGACGUGGAUCAAUUUCUCGGUUUCCUCUCUCUCUUCCGAGAUACUCUACGCUGCUUCUCUUCUCGGCUUCUUGGGCUCAGAACGGGAAGUUGGCGACAAGCUUUACCGGCCUUGACGCAGACCCUACCUCAUCUGGACGAGCUCGACAUAGGGUCUUUCAGUGAAUGUAUUCGAAUAUCCCAACAUCGUCUACAACUUAACUACUGCUACUUCUGCCCGAUCCGCAACGAGCCUUAUCCGGAAGACCUCGAGCUCAUUGCAAAAGCUCCUAAAAGAGGAGCGCUGAUUACCGGCGUUAAAUACAAAGGACGUAGCGUAGAUACCGUUCUGGAGCUCUUGGUAAAGACGGGCUACGUUUUCACAAGGGAUGGUAAAAUAUCCUGGUCAGAACAAUAA